UCUCUGCAUGUAAUUAAUAUUAUACAUCUCUAUAUGUAACCUCAAAAGCAUCGGUUUGGUUUAAUAAUAGGAAACAAUGAAAAAGACACCAACAGAAGAAAAAUUCUCAGAUUUUUACGAGAAGUGGGUAUGUCAGCUCGAAGAAUAUCUCAUACAUCUCCUCCAAGAUUACACCCACCAGUCCGAUUACGAAAACCUAAUAGCCAAGAUGACAACCCACCACAAAAACUACUAUCGAGUCAAAUGGGCCGCGGCCCAUGAAGACGUGUGUGCCUUCUUCGCACCCGUCUGGCUGACCCCGUUGGAAACCGCCUAUCUUUGGGUCACUGGGUGGAAACCAUCAGCCGUGUUCCGGUUCGUCGACACGCUGAGACGAACUGGGCGAGGGCUGGUAGACUUGACGGAGGACCAAGUGAAGAAGAUUGAAGGGUUGAGGGUGAAGAUUAAGAUGGAGGAAGAGAAAGUUGAGAGGGAGAUGGAGAGGCAGCAGGUGGGGUUGGCGGAUAGGCGGAUGGUGGAGUUGGUGAAGUUGAGGAGGGGUGGUGGUGGUGGUGGUGAUGGUGGUGAUGAGGUGGCGGUGGUGGCGGUGUUGAGUGGGUUGGAAAGGAUGAUGAAAAUGGGGGAUUGUGUGAGGUUGAAGACUUUGAAAGGGUUGUUGGAUAUGAUGAAUCCUAAGCAGUGUGUUGAGUUGUUGGCUGCACAAUCUAUGUUUCAUGUUCAGUUAAGGAAGUUGGACAAGAAAUUGUGAAUUUUGAUGGUUUAGUUCCUAAGUUGUUUUUGUUGUUGUUCUUGUGACAAAUUAAUGUUAGUUGAUGUAGACAUGUAGUAGUAGUGGUGGUUUAACGUUCUUUUCCUUUUUUUUUUUUUUUUUUUUUGCCGGUUUGGUGUUUGAAUUUCGGCUGUAAAUAUACCAU